GGAAAAUACAUCGCUCUGCAGACACCCAGCUCCAUGCUCAUGAUUUAUACUCAUUGUGUUUGCACUGGGGCUACUGAACGCUGAGGGCUGGUGUAGAAGACCCCUGCAGGACCAGCUCCAUGCUUCUGAAUCCCCAUUGCUUCCAGAUCUCCUUCAUGCAGCCAAACCACCUCGGGCUGACUGCCUGAAAUAGGGCUGAGUGUCAUUCCCCCUGAACUCAAUGAGAGCCUUCUCACUGAAACAGCAGCUUUCUUUUGGAGGAGAUUUUUUGGAGAAGCAGGCUGAGAGCCAGUAUUCCUUCAGGUAAAUGCUUCUCCUUCCAUCAGUGCACCUGUGGAUUAGCUAGCCCAUCGCAGAGGGCACUACAGUGGGAGCUGCUCAACGCUCUUGCAGUCUGACAGAGGCGGGUGGAAGCAAGUUGAGAGAAAGGACAUUCCCCAGGAAGGGAGCUGGGCAGUCCUCGACCCCGUGCUAAGUAAAGGACAGCCAGCCACGCCACUUGCUUUUGCCUAAAAUAAAUCCCCCCCAAGUCCCAGGAGAUUCGUUUGCAGUUGAACUGAUUUUGCAGGGCUGUCAUCAAUAUAAUGGAUGAGGAAGAUCCUUCCUUUACUUCUGGCACAAACUAUGGUGUUUUGUCACCCUUUUCUCCAAGGCAGCAUGGACAUCAAGGAGUAUUUUGCCAGAAUUUCUUACCGAGGCUCCCAUGAUAAACCAGACCUGGAAACCCUGACAGAAAUAUUCCGGCACCACAUCCAAGCAGUUCCUUUUGAGAACCUUAGCAUUCACUGCGGGGAAAGCAUUGAGCUGGAUCUAACAGCCACUUACAACAAGAUAGUGAGGAAGAAACGUGGGGGCUGGUGCAUGGAGAACAACCACCUCUUAUCUUGGGCCCUGAAAACCCUAGGGUACAAUGUCACCCUUCUGGGAGCAAAAGUUUAUGUCCCGGAGCACGAUGCAUACGCUGAUGACAUUGAUCAUCUGUUGCUAAAAGUGGUGCUUCAUGACAAAUCCUACAUUGUGGACGGUGGUUUUGGGAUGGCCUACCAGAUAUGGCAGCCGAUGGAGCUGAUUUCGGGGAAAGAUCAGCCUCAGACACCCGGCAUCUUUCGCUUCCUAGAAGAGAAUGGGACCUGGUACCUUGAGAAGGUGAAAAGGAAGCAGUAUGUUCCCAACCACAGCAACACUGCUCCUCAUAACGUGGACAAAGAAGUUUGCCGUCGAGUUUAUCUCUUCACCCUCCAGCCCCAAGACAUAGAAGAGUUUAGAGCCAGAAAUCUGUACCUGCAGACUGCCCCAGACUCACUUUUUGUUACAAAGUCCAUCUGCAGCCUGCAGACCGCCGAUGGGGUCCGGGCACUCGUUGGGUGGAAGCUUACUGAGAUAAAGUACAAUUACAAGGAUAACAUGGAUCUGGUGGAAAUCAGAAUCCUUGCAGAUGAAGAAAUGGAGAAAACAUUGAAGGAGAAAUUCAAUAUAAUAUUAGAUAAGAAAUUUGUACCCAUCAAUACAAGCAGGUUGUCUCUGUUUUAACUCACUGCCUGUAUUAUAAUUCAAUAUGGUGGCAUUACGCGAAUUCUCCCCCCUCUUCCUGACAAGAAUCUAAAGGUUAAUCUUUCUCUUUCCAUUUACCCCAGCAUAAGGCAGAACAGAUUAGCAUGAAUCAGGAAAAGCAAUUGAUUUUCACAACUGUUCCUGCAUCUCUCCUUGGUCUGGGUACAAAUAAUUUCUUCCUCACUCCAUCAAAUCACUCCCCUUCUGUUUGUGCUUAGCUGGCAACAGAUGCUGCCCAUUCCCUGCUCCAUUCAUCUCUUAAAAGCUUUUCCCACUAACCCAGAGCAGCAGGGGCAGGGAGAUGGAACAGUGUGUCCCUUCCCUUAUUACUUAGCUCUACCACCUGGGGAAAAAAAAAAUAUCACACCACAUCUUAAAUUAAUGCCAUACUAUUUUUUGAAAUGUAAUAGCCAGAAAAAUAAAGACAUCCAAUGCCAUUUGCUACCCUAAGCCUGUCCUUUGUGCUCCUGCAUCCCUCGCACUUUCUCACACAGCAAUUCUAACACUCACUGAGGGGGCUAUUUGUGGCUUAAAACUGGUGAUGAGAAAUAUUAGGGGACAAUUCUGCCUUCUUUCAGAUUUCUGUACCCUCAGCAACAUAACUAAAGCUUUCAAACUGAAAGCACCUCCUGUGGAUUGUUUGUGAGCACCCAGGAGAGGACUGCUGGAAAUGCACCCUCCUCACACAAGGCUGUCACUUCUAUAACAAACAUUACUGCUUGUCAGUUAGUUUCUCCAAAAUGUAUGUAUUUGACUGCUUGUAGUGAUUCUAAUUAUAUUGAUAGAAGGAGAAAUGAUGAAUCUUAGUCAGAUACCUAAAGGCUAAUAUUUUUAGCAUGAGGAAUUACACAAAUGUAAUCACUUUGCCCUGUGAGAUGAUGCUUGAUGUCCCUUUAUGUACAAAUCACACAGCAUUACAACUAUGCACUUACAGUUAAUAACGUAAGCCAAUUACAAUUAAAUAAAAAGACAAGAACUGUGAAGUA